GGAGGGAGGCGGGGAGGCGCGGCCGAAGCUCCCCUGGGAGCCGCCAUUUUCCGGAGGGAAGGGGCGGGCGGCGCGCGCCCCUCGCGUGGUCCUUAAAGGGACAGCGCCCCGCCGCUCCCCACCGGUUGCUGCUGAGCUCCCGGGCUGGAAGCAGCUCCCCGUUCAGCCCAGCAGCGCUGCGGGAGGCACGAGGCGGCGGCCAUGUUCGUGUGAGCAGGAAGUGAGCAGAGCCAUGGCAGGCGGCGAGCGGGACUAUGGCCUGACGGAGGAGCAGAAAGCUGUCAAGGCCAAGUACCCACCGGUCACCAAGAAGUACGAAUAUUUGGAUCACACAGCAGAUGUGCAGCUACACGCGUGGGGAGACACUUUGGAAGAAGCAUUUGAGCAGUGCGUCAUGGCCAUGUUUGGCUACAUGACUGAUACAGAGACUGUGGAACCUCUGGAUACUGUUGAAGUAGAAGCAGAAGGACAUGAUAUGUUGUCCCUUCUCUUCCACUUCUUGGAUGAGUGGCUGUAUAAAUUCAGUGCUAAUGAGUUCUUUAUACCCAGGGAGGUGAAAGUGCUUUACAUUGACCGAAUGCAAUUCAAAAUAAGAUCAAUUGGGUGGGGAGAAGAGUUCUCUUUACCAAAACACCCCCAGGGCACAGAGGUCAAAGCCAUAACUUACUCAGCAAUGCAGAUCUGUGAAGAAGAAAAGCCAGAAGUCUUUGUCAUCAUUGAUAUUUAAAGCAAGUUUAACGAAGUGGAUGCUUGUCAGUGGCUGGCAAAACCCCUUCAGAACUGUAACCUCUGGGAAGCAACCAAGGAAUUAGCUAGUUCAAAUGAGAAGCAGGAGAGAGUUGUGGGGAAUGUCAUCCUGUGCUGUGGUGGGAAGAUGGUGAGCCAGACCAGUGCCAGCCUGCCAGGACAGAAGUAAUUGGGUCUGGGGGGAUUUGAGAUGCGGGCUGUAGGGGAUGGAAGUCCCUCAGGAACGCUGGCGGUUGGCUUCUAAGGCAGUGUAUGAAGUAAAUAAAGAAAUCAGUGGAGCUGCUACAGCACUGCCUUUUUGUUGGGCGGCAGGAAAGUGUUGAUCUACGUGAUUGCAUGGGAAAAUUUAACUGUAGCAGUUGUGAGCUGAUGUCCCUCUUCAUGUAAUCUAAAUUUGCCAAGAUACCUGUGGAGAGUCAACCUUCAUGUAGGACAGUUGCUGUUCGAAGGCCCCCCGAGGAAAAACACAAAUUAUUUAAAAAACGAAACAUUCUUCUGAGAACUUUGUCAGACCACCAGGUGGUGCUGAUUUACCACAAAUACAUUUCCAUGCACCCUGAACGCAGGUGACCGCGCAUGGAAUCCUUGCAGCUCCUUACAGCUGGGAAAAGUGGAGACCGCUUUUGUUGGCACUGAAAAAGGGGUUGGCCGAUUCUCUGCAGGUCUGCUCCCAUCUAAGCCUUGCGAGAGCAGGAUCUCUUCUUUUAGAAGGCAGUUUGCAUCAGCUUCCUUUUGUUUUCGGAAAGGACAACUGCACACAACUGAGAGCCCGGCUGUCAGCCCUCAGCCGUUGGGUGUGAGGGAGGGCUGCCCUGCCUGUGGUAAACCUAGGGGUGCCUCACCUCUGUUUUGUUGUGAAGUCUUUUUAAAUCAGAUUUUAAAGGGGAAAAAAUACAAUCUGUUGACUGGAA